CAACACACCACCCACAUAGAAAAUCAUAUUCUUUUCCAUUGCUUUUGCUCCUUUCUAUCUUCGAAGUUUCACUGCAUAUCAUUGGAUCACAUCUGCAUUCCUUAAUAAUCAGUUUAGCAGAGGAUAGCUACGGGAAGUUACGGGGGCUCUACGCACCAUCCAAUAAAGGGAGAGCGUGAAUUUCUUUCCACCCGCUCUCCCGAAUCCCUCGCCGUACCGGACAAAUUCUUUGACCCGGACCGGACGCCAUCAUUCAUCAUAGUUUGACUAUCCGCUUUGAGGUCAUUAAUCCUCUUGUAGGUUAAGUGUGGUUCCAGGAAUAACCGCACCCCCGCUUUUCCGCAGCCACUCUCGCGACUCGAGAAUCUCGCAACGCCGGAAGAGACUGUAUGACAUUCUCCGCCAUGAUACAACUAGACUAACCGCUCCACAGAACACUCUCCCAUCACCGUUUGCCCCACCAAAUGAUUCGCACAGCGUAUGUUGUCCCAUAUUACACAAGGUGCUAUGAAUUGUCCCAUCAAAGCUGAUACUCCAUAGAAAACCCCGGAACGCCCGCUCGAAGCGGGCUCUUGAAGCUCGUGAGCCCAAACUAGUCGAAAGCCAAAAGUACACUCUUUUCCUUUCGGGAACAAGUACCAGCGACCUCACGCGCUCCGCAAUGACCGACAUUGUACACUCUCCACACCCUCCAUUGGCUCCCGAGAUAUGCUAAUUACGCUACUCGCCCACCCAGCACUCCCUCAAAAAGCCCCAUGCAGUAAAAUUCACAAAAAAGAAUAGCAUCCACCCAUUCGAAGACGCGACACCUCUUGAAUUCUUCUCCUCAAAAAAUGACACUUCAUUCCUAGUCUUCGCCUCGCACUCCAAGAAGCGCCCGCACAACCUAACCUUCGCCCGCACCUUCGAUCACCGAAUCCUAGACAUGCUAGAACUCGGCAUAGACGCGCGCACCUUCCGCCCGCUAACAUUUUUCAAAACCCCAAAGCCUGGAAUCGGAAUGAAGCCGCUACUAUCCUUCUCUGGGGCAAUCUUCGAUUCGGUACCGAAUUAUCGGCUCUUCAAGAACAUGUUCCUGGACUUCUUCCGUGGGGAGACGGUUAAUUCUAUCAAUGUUGAGGGACUGCGAUACAUGAUACACUUUUCCGCGUCCGAGUCUACCGAGCAGAACCCGACACCUGCUAUUCAUAUGCGUGUGCACUUGAUCAAAACUUUGAAGAGCGGGCAGAAGUUGCCGAGGGUUGAGGUUGAGGAGAUGGGGCCCAGGAUGGACUUUAAAGUUGGACGGGUGCAGGAAACGGAUGAGGCGAUGAUGAAGGAAGCGCUGAAGAAGCCUAGGGCUUUGGAAGUAUGUUUCUAGAUCCGCUCUUGCUGCGCAUUCUUGGUGCUGAUAAUCCGUAGGCUCGAUCCAAGAAGAAUAUUGAAACGGACAUCAUCGGUGACAAAAUUGGCCGUAUACACACUGGCAAGCAGGACUUCAGCAAGAUGCAGUCGAGGAAGAUGAAGGGAUUGAAGCGAAGACCUACUGAUGGUGCUGACGAGGAGGCGACACUGGUUGACGAGGAUGAGCAUGAUGGUGCGAAGAAGGCACGUCUUGCUUAAUGGCACUGUAUGCGCUGUAUAAAUUCCUAUUGUCAUUCAAAAGUCUAUUUCCGGGCCCCGGCACUCAUUUAUCACCCCAGUGGGUGACUUCAGGUGAUUGUGGCUUUUGCGGGCCAGGGCGCUUCAUAAGAUAAUACUCGGUGGCUUUGAACUGCUGUAUCCCCAGCCUCGCUGCAGCCUGUGACACAAAGCAGGCCGAUCUACAAUUCUUUUCAUAUACCCCCACCCCUAUUCAAUUGCCUCGGGAAACCUUCACGGAGCAAUAGCAGUCUAUGGAGAGCGAUUAUGGGCUUUCUUUGCAAAUCGUAGACCACGCAAUUAGCCGCUAUAAACCCCCUAAAUUCCUCAAAGCUAGAGGUUUCUGCGGCAAAAACCCUCAUGGAUACCCCCAACCAACUAAGUGCACUAACUACCACUAGAAUGUCCCCCCCAUUUUUCCUCUUAUUUCAAUUACAUCUACCCAGGCCUAUACCACCAAUGUAAACCUUGAAAUCAUGUAAUGCAAAUGCGCCUCGCAGAGAAAAGGAGGAGUAGGAACAGCUAGAAUAUCAAAUACAACCGCCCAAUUCCCCACAAAACACGAGUGCGAAUGAAAAAAAAAAAGCUCAAGAGCUCCAUUUCCCCACGAGUUUUCACAACCCCUACUAACCUCUCCCCCUCGUCUUCGUUUCCCUAGACCACCCACCCGUCCUACCGAAUAAACCUCACACCCCACAACGAACAAGGGAGGGAAAGAGCAGAAAGUGGAAAAAGAAAAUAAAGAAAGGAGAAAAAGAAGAAAAAGCAAAGGUUCUCCCCCGCUUACAGAUCAAAAGGCCUCAAAUGACAGCUUCCCUGUCCACCGUAUACCGAGCAAGGCGCGUAUUCGUCAUCAUCGAGAAAACUCGAAUCCACGCCACCAUAAUAGUCAUUGAAAAAGUCCGACGUUCUAAACACAGGGUCCUGCGUCUUUUGUCCGCCAGCCGCAGAGAGCAAGGAGUGCGCCGAGCAAUCCUCUGCCAAAGCCACAGUGGCCUGCCGCGACUGCUCUUGCUGCAUUUCGUCCAUAAUCUGGGCCUGAAUCAUGCGAGCUUCUGCCUCCUGCUGCUCGCGCUGGCGGAGAAGCUGGUUGUGGGUCUCCAGCGCCUGGUUGUACAUGUUACUAUCGAUAAUUCCAUGCGCACGAGCUAUUUCUAGAUCGUUUGUAGAGGUCUCUGAGCCCAGGUUUGAGCUCAAAAGGUACUGAAUGUAAGACCGUUCCCGGUCCGCGGUGGCUGAGCUCCGUGCUGCCGACUCCCGGGGAUCCUCCACAGCGGGCUCUCUAAAAGCGGUUGGUUGGAUGUAGUGCUGGGAGACGGAGAAAUUAAUACCGGUUGGUGACGCCCCGGGGGGAGUGGGAGGGAGCGUGGUUGGGGCAUUGUCCAGAAGAGAAAGGUUGCGGGAGAACAGGUUGGCGAGCUCAUCCCCGGCCGUCCAUGUUUGGUCUGGUUUUGAAGGGGGAGUCGCGGGAACUAGAUUCGAAGUCGCGGCGCACUGCGAUUAAGAUGUGUCAGCAAAAGAGCCUCCAGGAAUCAAACACUCAGGGCUAGGAGGAGGGGUUACCUGGGAACAGUAAGGGAUUUCGUCAUAGUCCAUGCGAGGAAAUUGGUCCACGUUAUUGCAGUUCAGGCAACGGACAGCGAUGAAUGUCAACAUAUUUGCUGAUUAAUGGUUUGGUACUUUAUGGAAUGGGCAGGUUUGGGUAUGCUAUUACUGCUUCUGGGGGUGAAAUGUAGGAAAUUAGGACAAGAACUCUGGUGGUGUUUAUAUAGCUUGAAGCGGACCGGGUAUCUAUUUCAAAGAUCUAGACACAAGCUAGUACACGAGAACCAAGAAAGAAAUGGAAUACCAGAGAGGAUAGUUUUGUAUUUUCAAGAGUGGAAUACCAGAGAGGAUAGUUUUGUAUUUUCAAGAGUAGAAUUUCCGAGUAAUGGCGGGGCAGUUGGCUGAGUGAGGAAGUGGGGCUUGGUAUGGGGAGUAAGCACCUAUUGUUGGGUUCAGGAUGGAGAGGGGGAGUUGGCCGGGUGGCGGGAAUAAUACAGAGAAUGGUCGACGCCGGAAUUGGAAGAACACACGGUGAGUAGAAACAGUCAGCAAAGGGACGGAAGGAGCAAGGUUAUGCGGAUGAUGGCAAGCACUAGGAAGAUAUAGGAUUGCGAAGAGCGCGGUGAUGCAGGGGCGGAGAAGUGUGGAGUGU